CGUUGUUUUCGUCAGUAUCGCUUUGUUGGUGGUCAAACGAGCAUCUGUCGUAAAGGCGUCAAAUAUAGAAUUUUCAUUUUUUGUCCUAAUACAUAGCGUAGAAAAGGAAAGAUUUGUCACCCAAAACCAUUUGAGAAUCCAGGACCAGAAUUCGUUCUUCGAAUAAAUCAACAAUUUUUGGAGGAGAGUUCAUCCAAACACGGUUUAACCCCUGAAGUUCACGAUGAUGGACGCAUCCGUUCGUGAGGGGGAAUCAGAACCUUCCCCACCUACGGCAACCAAACGUAAUGAGCAGCCGCAUGCUCCACUGGAGCCUCAGAACCCGAGAUUGCUCUCAUCACUGUACAGUUUUCUGGUCAUCGUAAGCUUCUUUCUGGUGGGGUUUGCUGCCUUCAGGAACACCCUAACAUGGCACCUGCAACGUUUCUGGGGUGCAUCGGGGGAUUUCUGGCAAGCCCAAUGGGAUCGCUUUAUCGAUUUUACGGGGGAAGACCCCGCCACUCUGUGGGUGCUGAGUACGACCCUCUUCACCAUGUUCGUGUACUGGUUCUUCGGAGGGAUCUACACCAUGUUUGACAUCACCUGCAAGCCGGCCUGUAUUCGUCGCUACAAAAUGCAACCAGGCACGAACGAGCCGGUCGACAGAACCCGACUGAUGAAGGUUAUCGCGACGGUGCUGAUGAAUCAAACCGUCAUCGGAGUUCCGAUGGCGGUCCUCAUGUACCAGGCGAUGCGUUUCCGUGGACUCAACGAUCUCCGGGAGCUACCAACCUUCCACUGGGUGCUGGCGGAGCUCGCCUUUUGCAUUUUCAUCGAGGAAAUUGGCUUCUACUAUGCGCACCGAUUGCUGCACAAUAAGUAUAUCUACAAGUACAUCCACAAGCAGCACCACGAGUGGACUGCACCGAUUGCCAUCACCGCCAUCUACUGCCAUCCGAUCGAGCACGUGUUCAGCAAUCUGGUGCCACCGUUUUUGGGGAUUUUCAUGCUCGGCAGCCAUGUGGCGGUCGCCUGGCUCUGGUUCACGCUGGUGAUUCUGUCGACGUUGAACGCCCACUCGGGGUACCAUUUGCCGUUCUUCCCCAGUCCGGAGGCGCACGAUUUUCACCACCUGAAAUUUAACCAAUGCUUCGGAAUACUCGGUGUGUUGGAUCGUCUACACGGAACGGACACCCUGUUCCGCAACACUAAGGCCUACGCCCGCCACAUCAUGAUGCUAAGCUUCAUCCCCGCUCGGGAAGCGUUUCCGGAACCGGCAAAAAAGGUGUUCUAAGUACGCUUCAACUGGCGGAUUCAUCCAAACACAGUGUCCACAGUAUUGAUAUUGCCCAUAUUGCAUUGAUUGAUGGAUGGUUCGUUGAUUCUCGUCAGAGGUUUGGUUUGCAUCGAAGCAAGAUGUGUCGAGAGGAACGAAAAAAAAGAAAACAGAAAGUCCAUGCAAUUUAGAGGCUCUCGACUUAGAUACCCCUUAGAUUGUGUAGUUGAAAACCUGAUACAUCAUAACAUACCAACAAAUAAAAAACCACCAGCAGCGACAGCAGCAGCAGCAGUAGCUAAUCCGUUUGUGUUUUGCACCGACUAGCAAAUGUUAUACAUGGAACAAAAUAUGGUAUCUUCACUCAACUAGGAACUCAUUCCACAGACCUAUCGGGAAACCAGCACACGAACGCGUAAUGAAGGCACAUUUUUGCACCUACUAUUUGGCUGAACACACCACAAGACUGUGAUUGCGAAGCAAGAAGGCGCCUAUCUUUACACACACCGUCAGAGGGAGAAAAACGAGAAUGAACUACACAAUAACAUACGAACACACGUUCAUACUCAGUAAGUACCGUUUUUCCGGCAAUUCAUAUGAGCUGACCGCUAAACUAUUUUAGAUACAUUGAUUUAAAGAGGCGUUCAAUUCGUCUCUAACCAUUUUCAUCUCGAUGGGAUUCUACUGAACAACGUACAUACACACAUACAGAACAUACUUUCUAUAUAAAUAUAUAUAUAUAUUGAUAUAUUUUCAAUGGAUUUAGAGUACGAAUAUAUAAGAAUAAUCUUCUCAGUGUAAGAAAUUUCCAUUACCGGAAA